AUUCCCAAUUUGAAUCACAAAAGCCAAAAAGAAAAAAAAAAAGCUUCGCCGAGACGCUUCAGUACUCUCAGUAAACGAUGGUUCCGCCAUUGCUGAAGCUCGAGUUCACCCAGGGUCCAAGAGCUGGCGAUUCUCUAGGGUUCAAACCCGGAUCCACUAUCCGGAUAGGUCGAGUCGUUCGUGGUAAUGAAAUCGCCAUCAAAGACGCCGGAAUCUCUACCAAGCACCUCCGGAUCGUCUCCGAUUCGUCGGAGAACUGGAUAAUCCAGGAUCUAGGAUCUUCCAACGGCACCAUAUUGAACUCGGAAAGUAUCGACCCAGAUACUCCCGUCAAUCUUAGCCAUGGAGAUGAAAUCAAGCUUGGUGAGUACACUUCCAUUGUGGUGAACUUUGUGAGUGAUGUUCAGCCGCCGCCGCCGCCGCAGGAGCCUAAGCUUCCGCCCAGGCCAAGGAGGAAUAACAAGCGUAACGCUGUUUCGGAUCCGGAUCCGGAUCCUAUUGAGUCGGUUCAGGAGAAGCCAAAGCGAGCGCGUGGAUCGUUGAAGCAAGAGGACAAUGAACUACCCAAGAAAACUAGGGCUUCGAGAAAGAAAAAUCUGGCAGAUAUCGUCGAUAAAGAAGAGGAAUUGGAGGUGGAAGUUGAGAAAAAGGUCAAUUCUAGGGUUGGGAGGCCCUGGAAGAACGCAAAGGAAGAGGUUCCGGAGGAGAAAGAGGUCAAUCCUAGGGUUGGGAGGCCUCGGAAGAACGCAAGUAGUGCAAAGGAAGAGGUCUCGGAGGAGAAAAAGGUCAAUCGUAGGGUUGGGAGGCCCCGGAAGAACGCAAUUACGAAUGAAGAACAAGUCCCGGAGGAGGAAAAAGGCAACUCUGGGGUUCGUAAAGGUAGCAACAGUGAGAGUAUCGAGAAAUUGGGUUUGAAAUCGAUCAAAUUGGAAGUUGAAGAUACCCCAAAGAGAGUAGAAAUCUCAGAGGUGGAAAGCAGGAAGAGAGUGACAAGGAGCAAGCAGGUUGAGAAUGUCAAGACUGAGGACACUGUUUUAGAGGUUAAUGAUGAGAAAAGAGCUACAAGGGCUACCAGAAGCAAGAAGACUGAAAUUGGUGGAGAUUCCUUUCUGGAGUUGGAGAUGGUCCUGAGCCUAGCCCGGAAAAGCCGUGCAAAGAGGAGGAAAAUGGAGCAGGAGCCGUCCAAGAGCGUUGUGGAGAUGGAAACUAGAAAUGAUGAUGCCGGAGAAGAGGUUUUGAAGAACUGUCAUGUUGAAGAAGAUAAGGAAUAUGAAGCUCAGGGAGGUUGUAGUGAAAGGAGUGAUGACAAAUGUGAUAAAGAAGAUGAGAGAGAGGGUGAUGGAUCUAAGAGGGUGGAGCAGGUAGAGACCGAGUUAAGGAAGAAUAGCACAGUAAUAGAAGAUGACCUGAACUGUACUAUUAGAGAAGAUGGAGAGAUUGAGAACUUGCAAGAUAUUGAAGAAGAAAAUGGAAAUAAAGCUCAGGAAGGUUGCAGUGAAAGAAGUGAUGACAAAUGUGUCAAAGAAGAUGAGAGAGAGGGUGAUGGGUCUAAGAGGGUGGAGCAGGUAGAGAGUGAGUUAAGGAAGAAGAGCACAGUUGGAGAAGAUCACCUAAACUGUACUGUUAGAGAAGAUGGAGAGACUAAGAACUUGCAAGAUAUUGUAGAAGAAAAUGGAAAUAAAUCUCAGGAAGGUUGCAGUGAAAGAAGUGAUGACAAAUGUGAUAAAGAAGAUGAGAGGGAGGGUGAUGGGUCUAAGAGGGUGGAGAAGGUAGAGAGUGAGUUAAGGAAGAAGAGCACAGUUGGAGAAGAUGACCUAAACUGUACUGUUAGAGAAGAUGGAGAGACUGAGAACUUGCAAGAUGUUGUAGAAGAAAAUGGAAACAAAUCUCAGGAAGGUUGCAGUGAAAGAAGUGAUGAAAAACGUGAGAAAGAAGAUGAGAGGGAAGGUGAUGGAUCUAAGAGGGUAGAGCAGGUGGAGAUUGAGUUAAGGAAGAAGAACACCAUAGAAGAAGAUGACCUGAACUGUACUGUUAGAGAAGUUGCAGACACAGAAAACUUACAACAAAUUGAAGAAGAACGUUGUGACGAGGAAAGAGAGUGUACGGUCGAGGAGGCUGGAAUUGCGACAGUAGAUGAUGAUUGUGAAGAGGAAAAGGUUGAGCAGGUAUCAAGCAAUAGGAUUGUAGAGAGGGUAGGAGUAGAUUUAGGGAAAAUGACACUAAGAAAUUGGUUUGAUUCCAUGGAAGCUCAACUGCCAAAACAGACAAUUGAAGAGACAGAGAAGAUGAUUGAGCCCAUGAGAAGUAAGACUUUGAGAGUUUACAAUCAUAUUGUAGAGCAAAGGGAAAAGGGCGUGUAAGUUGAUUUGAUCAUUCCUUACAACAUCCCAUUUUGCUAAGCUUCAUGAUAUGUUCUAGGAUAUGUUCUAACUUAUACCUGAGAAUACUUUGAUCUCAUUGUUAAGUUGCUACUGGCUUAUAAUGUGAUUUCUUCAAGUAUGGUAGGAAUCUUGUUAAGAAAUAUUGAAUGACAAAAGCUUCCUUGAAAGCAUCUGUAUCUAUUACUCAUUUUGUGCAAUGUAGAUCAUGAUCUUGCGUGUUGUGACU